GUUCAAGACUUCGGGGUAGUCUCUUCGCAACAUCACUCCGUAAAGUUAUGAAUUGUUGGUUAUUUUGGGCCAUUAUAUCUCUGGAUCUAGCUUGUGAUUUGUAUCGUUUUGCAUUAAUCCGUUCAGACCUGUUGUCCUAUCGCAAUUUCGUGAUAUCGAGUACGACGUGGGUCGAUGACGUAUACCUAGAGAUGUCGGAGGAGGGAAGAAUAAAAUCUCGAGCUGCAGUGCUUGAGCGAAAGAGCCCAAGCACACACAAACCUGUAUCAGUCUAUCAUGUCAAGCAAAGUACAGGGACGCAAAAUCGCCAUCAUCGGCUCCAGCGGCCAGGUUGGACGACCGACUGUCGAGGCUCUUGUCGCAUCUGGCAUUCACACCAUUACUGCUGUCCAACGCAUCGAAGCAACAAGCACAUUUCCACCUGAGGUUAUCGUCAAAUCUGGUGAUCUGAAGGACGAGUCCUUCUUGGCGAGCACCUUCCAAGGACAGGAUGCUGUCGUGCUCAUGGUGCCUCUCCCUCACCUUGUCAGUCUGCAAGAGUCAGCAGUUCGAGCAGCAGCAAAAGCUGGAGUUCCAUAUAUCCUACCUGCAGAGUUUGGUCCAGACCCUUUGGCAUCGAAACUGAUCGAGGACAACCAACUACUACAAGACAAGAAGAAGAUCCGCGAUCUGACUGAGGAACUCGGCGUGAGUAGUUGGAUCUCAGUAGCCGUCGGCCCGUUCCCCGAAAUGAUCAAAAGUGGUCUCUGGGGAUGUUGAGAACCGCAGAGCUACGAUUUGGACCGGAGCCGUUGGAAAAGUCAGCACGACGAGUGUUGUACAGACUGGUCAAGCUACAGCUGCAGUAUUGAGCCUCCCUGAACGGGACUUGUCUAGGUACAAGAACAAAGCGUUCUAUAUCCCAUCAUUUCACCUAAGCCAGAAAGAGCUUCUACUAGCAGUUCAGAAGGCAACAGGGACGACAGAUCAGGACUGGGACAUAGACUACCAAGAUGUGAUUGACGGACUGAAAGAUUGUAACGACAAGAUUCAGCAGAAAGAUGCGACUGCCCCAUUUGAAAAGUUCUUCAUCACCCAUUUCCGGGAGGGCAGUGGAGGAGACUUUGAAAGCAAGGUUGAUAUCAGUGAGGUGAAGAAGCUGCGCGAAGUCGGACUUCAGAAGGAGGCUGUUGACGAUGUGCUUAAAAGGAUUGUCUCAUAAGCUGCCCAAGUUCAUCGCCUACACCUGGAAUGGAUGACGGCGAGCAAGGGUGAACAAAGCUCCCAUGGCUGAAGGAAGGGUAUUAUUCCUACCUCGCUAUUUAGUACAUAGAAAGUGCCGUCAAAGCAUUAGUAGGCAAUAUAUGCAGCUAGCUUACUUAUGUUUGCCUUUGCCGACACUAUCGUCUGUUUCAAUAUUCUCCAGGACAUUAUAUAAAUAGAAGGGGGCGUUUAUAUAUCUAGGAUAACUGUAGCAUAGAGUUCCUCCUUACCUCC